AUGCUAAGUACACAGGAAAUUUCUGCAGGAGGUCAGGGCGGUUGUGCGAGCUGUGCCAUGGGUAACAAGUUGAGCUGCUCCUGUGCGCCAUUGAUGCGCAAAGCGUAUCGUUACGAGGACUCACCAUGGCAGACAUCACGUCGUCGCGACGGGCAUUUAUUAAGUUCAUUCAGGUUGUGGGCUGAGGUAUUUCAUGUUUCGGCAAGCGGCGCCGGCACCGUUAAAUGGCAGCAAGUAUCUGAAGAUUUGGUUCCUGUUAACAUAACCUGCAUCCAGGAUUCACCGGAAUGCGUUUUUCAUAUAACGGCCUACAACAGUCAGGUUGAUAAAAUAUUGGACGUUCGACUCGUACAGCCAGGCACGCGCAUUGGACAAGCAUCAGAAUGCUUUGUGUACUGGAAGGAUCCGAUGACCAAUGAUACAUGGGGGCUCAAUUUCACUUCACCUAUUGAUGCAAAACAAUUUCGAGAAUGUUGUUCGCCUUCUUUCAAAUUUUCACGAAAGGCCUCGUCAAGUUACUCGCUGAAAUUGGACCCACCCGGCAAGGGGAAAAUCAAAGCCAAACGAAAGCCGCUGAGCACACCGGCCUCGCCAUCGCGCGUACGGAGCGAACCACAAUGCACCUGCAUGUCGGCCGAACAGUAUGCCCGUCUCCGGACCGAUCCCAGAGUACGAGGUUCAUCCACUUUGCCACGCUCUGUAGGCUCUCGCAUAACCGAUGUCGAUGUUGGUGGACAGCAGAGGGCGAUGGCAAAUGCCACCAGCAGCACUUCAUUGUAUGAUAAUGUAGCCGGCAGUGGUGUAGGCGCUCAAUCCAUGAAUGCAGUUGGCGGACAGGAUACCUUGGGUCGCCAAGUAAAACAACAGGAUCCGAAUGUUGCCGCCUCUAAUGCUGGUGUCAACACAGGCACUCCUAGCGUAAUGGUAUCCGGUGUGGCCACCGGCACAAACGAUUUAUGCACACAAAAUCACGUUGGCUCACAAGUGGGCCCAGAUGAUGGACUCAUUGGCGGUCAGCAAGACAUGGAUAUAUCGAAGAAUGAAGGCACUCAAGUUGGUGGACCAUUACACCAGAAUGUUGGCACUUCCACAAAAUCGACAGGCACACGUACCAAGGAUUACGCCGAUGAAAUGACACGUGAUGCACGCGGACAUGACAUGCACCAGCACCAGCACAACAUAAUCAACAACAACACCAGACGCAAGACUAAGAGCACCGAGGACAUGAACGUCGACACGAGCACUCUGAAACGCAUGCUAAAGCCCAUGCCCAGCACUGAGAGUCCCGUUACUUCACCGGAGAUGGGUCGGCGCCGUUACAAUUACUACAAUGCCAAUGUGGCUAAUACUCUUGGGCAACAACAUAUGCAUCAGCAUGGCGGCGGUAUGGGUAUGGGAAUGGGUAUGGGUGGCGGCGGACCUGGUGGCAUGCACCACAUAAUGAACAACAACAAUACUAUGGGACGCGUGAGCAGUCAAUCGUCGAGAUUCUCGGGAUCGAGAUCAUCUCAUGAAAUUGGUCGUGGAUAUCCACAACGAAAUCUGUACUUGGAAUUGGAACGCGAACGUAGCUGCAUUGAGGGUUCACCACCCUCCGACAACGUCAUGUUUGACAAUCAAUGCUAUGCUACAACGCCCAGCUCUAGCAACGGCAACUCCGAUCAGGAUCAAUCGUAUGGGCAACGUACCGCAGGUGGUGGUCGCCAUCAACAUCAUCAUCAAGCACCAAAUGUCACCCCAACCCCAGGCAGCCCAACAUCACGUCUUUUACUGGAAUAUGAAAUGCAUUUGAGAAAUACUUUGGCUAAAGGAAUGGAUGCCGAAUCGUACAGUUUGCAUACAUUUGAGGCUUUGCUUUCGCAAAGCAUGGAAAAUUUGGCCAGCGUUAAGUCUUCGACACUUCCUUUGCCACCGCAUCGCCCUUUGUCAACGCUACGCGACAAAGAACGCGAUCGUGAGCGCGACGGUUACUAUAGCGAUCGCAAUGAGCUUAUACGUGAAAGAGAGCGUGAAAGAGAACGAGAUCGUGGCUAUCUAUCAGACCAUAAUACAAGCUUUUCAACAUCUCGUUGCGCCUCAUGCAUUGGCGAAUCGGCACGUGCUCAAUGGUUUCGUCACUCGGAUGGCUGGCGUUCAGGAAGCUCCACUAUUGGUUCUGGCUCUGGUCAGGGUUUAAUGUCACAACAAACUACAGGUUCGGGUCAUAAGCGUUCCCCAUGGGACUCCUUGCCAUCCUUGCGCCAGGAUAGUAGUCUCAAUGAUUCUGGUUAUAAAAGUGCACGCGCUGAUUCGCUCGAGCAACGUGCUGAAUUCAUACGUCAAGAUAGUCUUCGCUCAGAUUAUUUAAGUGAUCGAGAUUCACGCUAUGGCAUCGUGCAACAGGCUUCCAUCGACAGCACCGAUUCGCGAAUGUGCUAUUUGACUUCGUCAGAGGUAUGUAAUACACAACGUUUUGAUUACUAG